AUGAUAGAUCCUGCAUCUGCUUUUUGCAUUGGAGUGUAUUUUUUGGGGGUUGGAGUGGUUGGAUCUGUUUUGUACAUUCCUAUUAGUUUGAUGAGAGCCAUUGAAUAUUAUCAUUUAAGUAGAGAUGGAAAGAACAGAAGAAACAGUCUAUUGGAUGGAGAUUCAUUGCUACAAGGUUAUGCAAGCAACACUAAUAAUGGUGGUAUGAGUAAUGGAAAUAAUAACUGCAAUAAUCACUCACUACAUGAUGAUAAUUCUAGUUUAUUCUUUGAGAGGCCAGAGCUUUUAUUAAUACACAAAAAAAAGGUACUCAGAGAUAUAUUAAAUGAUAAUAAUUACCUAAAUAAUUUGGUUGAGUUUGAUGAUAAGAGUGACUAUAGUUUUGGAUUGUAUGAAAGACUUACAACUUAUCAGACUUUAACUCAUAACAAUGUAAGUAAUAGGAGUGACUUUGGAGUCUCACGGAAAUCUCAAACAAAAAAUCGUAAUUCUGUUAUAAAUGGUCAAGGAGGUGGCAUUGGUUUUGAGUUUAUUAGAGAUGUCUUAUCUACAACAACCCCUUCAGAUAAAGAUGAAAAUGAUGAUCAACCAGAGAUUGUUAUUGAUGAUGAAAGUGCAAUCUUUUCUCUUGAAUACUUUAAACAUAUUGGAAUUAAGAAAGAACAUGAUAAUCAGACUAAUUAUGGUUUGUACGUGUGUUCUUCAACCAACUCUACUUCUUCAAUCAUUUCUUCUUAUGAAACUGGGUGUAGUAGUAAUAGUAAUUUUACUAAUGUAAGAAGGCGCAACUGUAUUAGUGAUUAUCAAACCAAAGAACGUGAUUUUUCUGAGUCUAAUCUGCUGAUGUAUGGCCAUCAGGGUUUGAAACAAGAAAAGUUCUUAUUAGCAUCUUUAAAUGAUGGUAAUAAUGAUAAAAUUGAAAAAUCUAUGAUUAUUGAAGAGAUUUCAGCUGUUCAUGACAUUUUAACUCUAUAA